GGAUCGAAGAAGCGACGUGGGUGCACCGCGAGCAGCAACUGAUUCUUGAUAUAUGGAUGAGAAGUCUGUUCUUUCUUGUUUUUCGUAUCCUAAUGUUUUUAACGCAGGUGGAUUAACAUUUUAUUUUGCGCUGGAGGAUUAACAUUUUAUUUUGCGCUCAUUCCCCCAUUCUUUUUAAUGCAGUC